UGCUCUCAUCAAGUGGUGUUGUGCAUCGUCUAUCCGAUGAUAAAUUAAUUUUUUGAAUCUAAACGUAAAACUAUAAAAUUUAUAGCGAACUAUAAUAUUCGCUUGUGUGGAUUUUAAAGAAUUUAUAAAUUUUAUCAUCAUUCGAAAAAAAAUAUCAAAAUCAUGGAAAAUCAUCAAACGGCUGUAAGAAAACUGCUCCCUUGGAAUGUUAUUGAUGAUGAGAUCGUUAUCAGUGGAAUUGGUGGUCGUUAUCCGGAAUCGAAUUCAUUGGAUGAAUUUCGUGAUAACUUGUACAACAAUGUAGAUAUGAUCACUUCGGAUGAUCGUCGUUGGCCAACAGAUCUUUAUGGAAUCACCAAUCGAAUGGGAAAACUCAAAGAGAUUGAUAAGUUUGAUGCUUCAUUUUUUGGCAUCAUACCAAAAGUGGCCGAUGAAGUAGAUCCUCAAGGCAGAAUUCUUCUGGAAACAACAUGGGAAGCAAUCGUCGAUGCUGGAAUUAAUCCUCAAACAUUAAGAGGAAGUAACACUGGUGUUUAUGUUGGAUAUACAUCAGUCGCUAUGCCAGAUGGAGUACCGCAAGAAGUUCAAGACGAUAUUCAAGCUUCCAAAGUAGAAUCACUACUAUGGUUUCAAGGUGGAUCAAAAGCAUUCUAUGCGAAUCGAGUUUCAUUUCUUUAUGAUUUCCAUGGCCCUUCAAUGUCAAUCGAUAUCGCCUGUGCAUCAUCAAUGGUUUGUCUUGACAUUGCCGUUACAGAUCUACGAUUAGGAAAAUGUGAUCAAGCAAUUGUGGCAGGUGUCAGUAUCAAUCUUCAGCCAUUUACAAAUCAUAUUUAUAAAGUUAAUAACAUUGCUGCACCUGAUGGUCGAUCCAAAGUUUGGGAUCAAGAAGCGAAUGGUUAUGUUCGUGGUGAAACUGUGUGCAGUUUAUUUCUACAGAAAAAAUCUGAUUCCAAACGAAUUUAUGCUACAAUUCUUCAUGCUAAAACCAAUAUCGAUGGCUAUAAACUUACUGGAAUGUUUUUUCCUUCAACUGAAAGCCAAUAUGAUCUCAUGGUGGCUACUUAUUCUGAGGCUGGUAUCGAUCCAUUGGAAGUAAAUUAUUUUGAAAGUCAUGGUACUGGUACAAAAGCUGGAGAUCCACAAGAAGCAAAAGCUAUUUUGGAAGCAUAUUGCAAAAAUCGAAAAGGCAAACUACCGAUUGGUCUGCUAAAAAGCAACAUUGGUCAUGGUGAAGGUGCGUCAGGUGUAGCAUCACUAUCCAAACUAUGCAUUGUUUAUGAGAACAAAAAAAUUCCUGCCAAUCUUAACUUGAAAAAAAUUAAGACCGACAUAGCUGUAAUGGUUCCACCACUUGAUCCAGUCACUGCGAAUAGAGAUUAUGAGCCGGGAAUUGUGGGAAUUAAUUCAUUUGGAAUCGGUGGUGUCAAUGCUCAUGCUUUAACAAGACCGAAUAAGAAAGAAUGUAAUGAAGAAAGUUAUCAGAUUGUUAGAAAUGUUCCUCGACUCGUCAACAUCAAUGGACGUACUGAAGAAGCAAUUAAUCACAUAUUUGAUUUCAUCGAAAACAACCCGAAUCGUGUUACACAAGAAUUUCUUACUCUUCUAGGUGAAACGGUAAAUUAUGAACCAAGUAUUUAUUCAGCUGGUUUUCCUUAUCGAGGUUCAAUGUUGAUCAAAAAAUCUUCUACCGAUUCAUAUCAAUAUAACAGAAAAAUUUCCAAAGUUGAAAACGUCAAACGUCCAAUUUGUUUUUUCUUCCCCGGUGUGGGAAGUCAAUGGUCUGGUAUGGCUAAAGCUAUGAUGAACAUUGAUAUAUUCGCCGCUGCUAUUAAGCAAUGUGCAGAUAUUCUAAAACCAUUUCAACUUGAUUUGAAUUACAUUUUAUUAUCAGAAGAUCCGAAAGCUAUGGAAGAUAAAGUUCAUAAUUUUGUGGCCAUUUUAUCAGUACAAAUCGCUUUGGUUGAUUUAUUCAAAGCCCUAGGUGUUCAACCCGAUUGCAUAGUGGGCCAUUCAUUCGGCGAAAUUGCUUGUGCAUAUGCUGAUGGAUGUUUGACUUUGGAACAGGCAAUCAUAACAUCUUUCUGGCGUGGUAAAGCUGUUAAAGAUUCUAAUAUUGAACAUGGUAUGAUGGCCGCUGUUGGACUUACUUGGGAAGAAACAGUUAAAAGAUGUCCACCCGGUGUUUAUGCUGCUUGCCAUAAUUCAGAAGAUUCAGUUACUAUUUCUGGAAGUUAUGAAGCUGUUGAUUCGUGUGUUAAAGCUAUGAUCAGAGAGAAAAUUUUUGUCAAAGAAGUUCAAUGCUCCAACAUUCCUUUCCAUUCACCAUUCUUGACACCAGCCGGCGAACCAAUGAUGGAAGCUCUCAAAAAAAUCAUUACUGAACCAAAAUAUCGAAGCGAAAAAUGGAUUUCAACUUCUAUACCCGAAAAUGAAUGGUCUUCAGAUAAAGCUAGAAAAGCUUCACCCGAAUAUUUUGUAAAUAAUUUAAUUAAUCCAGUCCUGUUGCAUGAUGCUACUAAACAUAUUCCGAAGAAUGCAAUCAUCAUUGAAGUUGCAGCGCAUACAUUAUUCUCUGCUAUAUUCAAACGAAGCAUGCCGAAUUCCGAUUAUGUUGGAUUAAUGAGACGUGGAAAUAAUGCAGGAAAUCUUGAUUUUUAUUUCAAUUCACUUGGUCAGCUCUACCAAUUCGGUGUGAAUCUUACAAUCAAAGCAUUGUACCCUCAAAUCGAAUGGCCUGUUCCACGAAAUACACAAUCGAUUGGCUCAUUGAUUCGUUGGGAACAUAGUAAAUCAUUCCUAGUGAAAAAAUAUCCUGAAUAUCAUUCUCAAGCAACUGCUUCUGACUUUGUUUCAAAGUUUUCAUUAUCAAAUCCGGAUGAUCAAUUUUUGAAAGAUCAUGCCUUCGAUGGAAAAUGUGUUCUGCCAGCAACCAGUUAUUUACUAAUGGCAUGGCGACGUUUGGGAGUAUCUUUGGGUCAACCUUGGUUCUCAUUUCCAGUAAUAUUCGAAAAUGUUGAAUUCAAACGAUUAGUUCCAUUAUCCGAAGAUGAAAUGGCACUUAAAGUUCGUUUUUUGGAUCCAACUGGAGAAUUCGUUAUACUUGAUGGAAACAAUAUAGCCGCUUCAGGGAGAAUUCGUCGACCCGACCAGAUUGAAUUCCAAUAUCAGAAUUUAAUUGACAAUUUUGAAAAAGAAAAUUCUUCUCUAUCGGGACACAAGUUGAAUACUAAUGAAUUUUAUACCGAAAUGAAUGUUCGAGGUUAUGAUUAUGGGCCCAAAUUCAAACAAAUUCAGGAAAUUGAAUUCGCCAGUUUUAAUAGAUCCCGUGCAAUGGUUCGAUGGUCGAAUAAUAUUAUCACAUUUGUUGAAUCAAUGAUUCAACUUAGUGUCGCACAUACUGAUCAACGGUUUAUUUAUGUAGCUUCUGUUUUGCCAUCAUUUAAAUGUGAUCCAAGAGGGUUUUGUGAUUUACCACAAGAAGAUUUACCUGUAAUCAUUGAUGCUAAUCUUAAAUAUGUUGCCAGUCGUGGUAUCGAAAUGCGUGGAUUGAAGUUUGUUCAUAUUCCAUUGAAAAAUGUUAUGCGUAAUGUAAAACUAGAAAAAUAUAAAUUCAUUCCGUUUCAUGAGCAAAAAGCAAUCGAAAUUGUUGACUAUAAUGAACUUGAACAAUAUAUUGAAGAUUGCAACACAAUCGCUCUAUCUAUCGUUUUGGCUGGAAACAAAUCAUCAACACAACAAUUUAUUAAUAAAAAUGUGACUCGCAUUCUUAAUCAAAAAUUAUCAUCAGAACAAGUAUUGCUCAAUAUUCUUGUGGACUGUUUCAAAUACAUCGUCGAUGAAAAUGGCAACAUCAUUGGUGAUGGAAUUUUGAAUUGGCCUACUGUGCAGAAAAUUGUUGCCGAUAAUGGCUAUGAUCUUUCACAAGAUUGUCUCAAUACAUGUCAUAAAAAUGGUCGCUUAAUUAGAUCAUCACUAGAUAUCAUCAAUGAAAACAGUCUUCGCAAUUUGACAGUGGUUGAAGCUAAUUAUAAUCAACAGAUUUUGAUCGAUGAUUUGAUGCGUCAUAUGAAUGGUCUUCAUUAUCCUCUUGUUGUAGAUUCACUUUUAUUAGCAAAAAAUAUUUCCAAUUUAUCUGACGAAAUUCAAAAUUCGGCUCAUAAACUCGUUAAUUGGAGCGAAGAAUCAAAAUUACCAGCAAUUGAAGCACCAGCUGAUCUAUUUAUUUUCAGAGAUUCUUUUGAUCUUGAUAAUCUUGAUUUUAAAAUUUUCGCUAAAGAAAUUUCAUCUAGCGUUAAAGAAAAUGGUUUCUUGUUUGCUGUGUUUCGUUCAAAUAUUUCGAAAGCUGAACAAAUGGUUCACAAUUUUUUCGGAAAAUCGAUAAAUACUAUUAAUCUAAACCAAAGAAUUGAACAAUUUGAAAAUGGUGCCAAAGCAGCCGGUUUUAAUUUAAUAUCAAAGAAAAGUGAUUGUAUCACAUCAACAUGUCUAUUAUUCCGCAAACAAGUUGAAAGCUUAGAUCCAACUAAACAGAUUACCGUGCCCGUUUAUUUUGGCCGUUUUGAUGAAUGGGUUGAUAAAUUAAAGAAUUCAUUCACUUCGUACAAGAAUCGCCCUAAAAAUGAAAAUAUCUGGAUGGUUUCAGAUGAUAGCACUCUCAACGGAAUUCUUGGUAUGACAAAUUGUCUUCGUCAAGAGCCUGGAGGUGAUCGGUUCCGUUGCAUUUACAGUGAUACAGAAUUGCCAAAACCAAUCGAUUUCAAUCAAGCACCUUAUAAUGAAAUCUUGAAAAAAGAUUUGUCUAUGAAUGUAUUCAAAGAUGGUCAAUGGGGUACUUAUCGAUUAUUAGAUUUGGAACGUAAUUAUAAUACUGUCGAAAGUAAUGAAGUUUAUUUGGAUAUCGUCAAAAAAGGAGACAUGUCCAGCAUAAAGUGGCUUGUUUCACCUAUGAUCAAACAUAUCAAUCAUAAUGAUGUGAACGUUCAAAUUCAUUAUGCUGGAUUAGAUCUAAAAGAUUCGCUUCUCAGUUCUGGUUCAAUGGGUAUAGAAUUCAUAGAACGAUCAUUAGGCACAGAGUUUUCUGGCUAUCGAACCGAUACAGGUGAAUGUGUCAUGGGAAUAGCAUUUCAUCGAGCUAUAUCAACUUCGAUUGAUAUUGAUCCUCAAUUAUUGAUACCAAUUCCAGACAAAUGGAAACUUGAAGAUGGCGCUGCUUCAAUUAAUUCUUUAUUCAUUGUUUGGUGUAGCUUGAUUCAUAAAGCUCAUCUUCAACCCGGCGAAACGAUUCUCAUUCAUCCGGGUACCAGCGCAAUUGGUCUAACGACUCUUCAAAUUGCCAAUCAAAUGGAUUGUACUAUUAUCGCUACGGCAAACACCGAACGAAAACGACGAUAUUUAAUGGAAAAUUUCGACAUACCCGAGAAAAAUAUUUUAAAUCCUGAAGAUUCCGAUUUCAUAGAUCAGGUUCUGGUUGCCACAUCCUACACAGGUGUUGAUGUUGUAUUCAAUUCAUUUUCGAACCAAAAAUUACACAACUUAUCGCCCAUCGUUCGAGAUUAUGGACGUUACAUUGAUAUUGAUCAACCGAAAUCCACUUUUAACAGUCCAUUAUCAAGCAAUGCACAUUAUUUGAACAUAUCUUCUCUCAUAUGUGAAAAAUCAUUCCGUAACUUUAUGCCUAGAUUAAUGAAGAAUUUUAGAAUCUGGUUUGACCAAUACGUUAAAAAAUGUUUUGAUCCGAUUCCACAAACUAUAUUUGAUAAGGAUUCAUUCAAUCAAGCAUUUGAGGUUUUGAAUCGAGAAGAAAAUAUUGGAAAAGUACUGAUUCGUAUUCGUGAUCAGGUAAGUAUUGUGACACCAUCAUCAUCAUCGUUCAAGAUUCAAGCCAAACCAAAAACACUGUUUGAUUCGAAUAAAUGUUAUGUACUUGUCGGUGGUCUUGGUGGCCUCGGAUUGGAAGUUGCCUAUUGGAUGGCCAUUAGAGGAGCCCGAAAGUUGGUUCUUGUCUCAAGGAGUGGUAUCAAAAACGAAUAUCAAUAUGUUUUUGUGAAGCGAAUCGAAAAUGCUGUUAAAAAUUGUGAAACUGUUAAAGUAGAAAUUUCAACAUCCGAUCCAACAUCAAUGAAAGGCGCGGAACAAUUAAUAAUGGACUCGGAAAAAAUUGGACCCAUCGGUGGUUUAUUUCAUUUUGCAACAGUUUUAAGUGAUGCAUUCAUUGAAGAUCAAACUCCUGGUUCAUUUAAAAAAGUUUGCGCUCCAAAAAUGAAUGCUCUUGGUCAUUUGGAUGUCGUAACGCGCAAAAUGUGUCCAGAACUUGAUUAUUUUGUCGCCUUUUCAUCACAAAGUUCGGCUCGUGGUUUUCUUGGACAAAACAAUUAUGGCUAUGCUAAUUCAGUUAUGGAACAUAUUUGUGAAAAACGUCGCCGUGAUGGAUUACCUGGACAAGCUAUCGCAUAUGGUCCAAUUGGCGAUGUCGGCUUAUGGGCUCAAAAUGAACAUGUAGAUUUGACCAGCAUCGGUAUGGUAAUCGAUACACAACGCAUUCCAAGUUGUAUGGAAGUAUUGGAUCGAUUUUUAGUUCUUGAUUAUCCUAUUGUUACCUCUAUCAUUCGUUUGGAAACCACACAGCAAGCUGGUAAUAAUUCCAAUGCUAAAGAUCAUAUCUGGCAAGGAAUCGGUAUCGAUAUGGAUUCAUUACCAGAUAAUUUAUCAUUGGGUGAUGUGGGCAUGGAAUCUAUAUUGGCAGUUGAAAUGCAACAACGUAUCGAACGAGAAUAUGAAGUGGUAUUGACUUCGGAUGAAAUUAAAAAAUUAACCGUUGGUAUGAUCAAAGAAUAUAGAAAAGCUGAUAAAGAAACAAUCAGAAAAUCAUUGACAGAAUUUCAUAAUUCAAAAUAAUAACACACGACACAUUUUUCAUUGUAUUAGUAAUAUGAUAGACUUUUAAUAGAGAAUAAUUAAAACAAUUCAAUUCAUUUGUA